GUACGAUGUUUGACGCAAGUUCCGGGUAGAUUUAUUUAUGUCGAAACAGCCAGAUAGCCUGCCACCUCUAUUUAGUGUAGGCGUGGUGACGAGUGUGGGGAGACGACGUAUUUCACAAUGCAGUGAACGGAACAUACAUCAAGGUAGUUAUGAGCAGGAGUGUAGGGGUCAAGCUGACCCAGGCCCUUCUAGUCUGUCUGUGCAUCUGUCUGUCUGAUGCCAACGAGUUCAUCAACCAGUUUGCAGUCAAGGUCAACGGAGACAGAGGUGAAGUUGAAGAGAUCGCCGAAAGCCUGGGAUUCGAAGUUGAGCAUGAGCUGCGCAGCACCAAAGUAUUCCUGCUGAGCCAUCCUGAAGUGGAUCAUCGAUCAAAACGCAGCGCAGAUACACAUGUUGACAGUCUCAAAGCUCACCCCAAGGUUUUGUAUGCUCAGCAAGAACAGCUGUUAACUCGAGAGAAGAGAGAGAUAUUGCACGACAAACAGUCUGAGUUCCUGAUUCGCGAGAUCACAGAUGACUCCGUCUACCACCGUGUGGAAGGAACCCAACUCACUGAAUGCAGAUUGGAGUACGCUGAGCAGUUCGUUGACCCCAAAUUCCAUGACCAGUGGUAUUUGCGCAACUGUGGGCAAAGUGAAGGCAAGAUUGGGAUGGACUUGAAUGUUGAUCCAGCAUGGAGUAAUGGCUUCAGUGGGACUGGCGUCGUCAUCUGCAUCCUGGACGACGGCAUCGACCACCAACACCAGGACCUCAAGGACAACUAUGAUAGUGAAGCCAGCACAGACUUGAACGAUCUGGAUGACCUUGCAGAAGACCCCAUGCCGGACAAAAGCAACUCUUUAAACAGUCACGGGACACGUUGUGCCGGCGAGAUUGCUGCGUCUGGUCACAAUGACAUCUGUGGUGUUGGAGUUGCUUUCACGGCUCAUAUUGGAGGUGUGAGGAUCCUGGAUGGCAACAUCACAGACUCCCUGGAGGCGGAGGCACUGAACUUCAACAUGGACUACAUCGACAUCUUCAGUGCAUCAUGGGGCCCUAAGGACGAUGGUCGCACUCUGGAGGGGCCGGGCAAGAUGGCCACUGAAGCUUUAAGGAAGGGAGUGAAAGAGGGUCGUGGAGGUCUUGGCAGCAUCUAUGUCUGGGCUACUGGCAAUGGCGGCUUGUACGAGGACGACUGCGGUGCAGACGGCUAUGUGUCCAGCAUUGAGAGCAUGUCCUUCGGUUCUGUGAGCGACAAAGGGGACCGGCCAUAUUUCAUGGAGAUCUGCUCCUCUACUCUGGCGGUGGUGCCCUCUGGUGGUGAGGUGUUCAAGGGGGAGGAGAAGGACAAGGGAAUUACAAAGCUUAAGGUGGUAACGACGGACAUAAAUGGUGGGUGUAUCGAGAACUUUCAGGGAACGUCCAGCGCAGCACCUCUGGCAGCUGGAUGUGUGGCGCUGGCCCUCCAGGCAAAUCCGUCCCUUACCUGGCGUGACGUCCAGCACAUUGUGGUGCACAGCUCACGCAUCCCCAGCGAGGACCGCAGCUGGGUGGUUAAUGGCGCCGGCCUGCAUGUCAGUCACAAGUUUGGUUUCGGUGUCCUGGAUGCCAGUCGGAUGGUGAAGCUGGCUCAGAAUUGGGUGACAGUACCAGAGCAGCACAUAUGUAGAUACCGCCAGCAGAAUGUCAAUAAAAAGAUUACAGCGAGGAGUAAGAUUAUGGAUGAGGUUGAGGUAACUGGCUGCAAGGGAGAAAAGAACAGAAUCCAUAACCUUGAACAUGUCCAGGUGAAGAUCAAACUGCAGCACAGUCGCCGUGGUGACAUACAGAUGACCCUUGUGUCCCCAUCUGGCACCAAGUCACAGAUCUUGUCGCCACGUCCCCACGAUGACAGGCAAAAGGGAAUUGAUUUCACCUUCAUGACCGUCCACUCCUGGUCUGAGAACCCUGAAGGCAAAUGGCAGUUGUAUGUGGCAGACAAUCCCCAGGAACUGACAAGGAACAAUGAGGGUGAGCUGGAAGAGUGGAGUCUCAUUCUCUAUGGCACUGGAGAUUCAAGAGGCAACAGGAUGAGUUCCACCUUUGAAGAAACAAAUAAAACCUAUGUUCCUACUCGGAAACAGGUGAAAAAUGCCAUGGACAAAGAACAGGCCAGGACUAAAGAAGUUGUUCUUACACCAUAUCAGUCAAUACCUAUGAAGAAGAAGUCUGAUGGGCAGGCUGAUUCAAAGUUUGUGGAAGACCUUAUAAGAGCUUUAAAGAACUCCCAAGUGGGCAGUGCAACUUCAGGCAGGGCUGUAGAGUCAGCAGAUAAAAGAAACUUGGAAAAUGAACACUCCAGUGAUUGGAACCGAGGAGAUUACCUUACAGAAGUCAAGAAGUCAUAUGACCCUGACCAGACACUUGAUGAUGGCGUCUUGGAUGAACUGGUUGAUGCAAUGGAAAAGGAAUUGGGUACAAGUUCUAAGAGCUAUAGGAGGACCUCAGAAGCUGAGAUGACUGAAGAUGAUCUUGAGGAUGUUUUGGACGAGAUGAGACGCAGACUUCAGUUGGAUGGAAGGUUGAUGAAGCAGAAUAACCAGCAGAGGAAAUUGGAUAAGGAGAAGGAACAGCAACAACUUCUGAGGGAACUGCUUGAGGAGGUGAAGAAGGAUGAAGAAGAAGAUCAGAAGGCAGCUCAGGAGUUGAAGAGAAAGAUCACCAGACAACCAAAUGACAAUCUGGACAUGCUGCUGGAAGAGGCUCGCAAAAUGCUGAAACAAAAAGAAAGAAAACAAGUUUUGAGAGUUACAGCCGGAGAUGCUAAAGAUGAAAGUGCUUCAAAGAUUGAUAAGGGGGUGGAAAAAAUAACAAUUCGGACUCUGAAAGAUCUACUUAAUUAUCUUGCCGAUACAAAAUAACAUAUUGGAGACACACACUGUAGAGGAACUGAUUAUGUUGAAAAUAUGAUUUUGCAUGGUAGUGGAAGAUAGGAAUGGAACUUUAGAGGAACAUAGAUUUUGAAUGUUUUGGCAGCACUAACGUUACCAAGCGUUACCAAAUGUAACGCACAGAUACUUGUUAUUUAUACAGUAAGCGAGAUAUUGAUCUUUGAGAAGAGGUUCAUACAACACAGUCCUUUGAACCAUAAUAAUAGAGAAUUUUCAGGGAUUUUUGCUCAAUCAGGUAUUUAUGUUUGACAUAUACACUUUUAAAUUGUGUGAAUCAUAGCUUUUUAUUUCUAUUUUUGUAGAACUUUAAAUUGUAGAUAUGCCUAUAUCCAUCUUCAAUAAGUGAUAUCUGUUCAUUGCAUUUGUCUUCCAAUCUGAUGCAUGGCAGUUUGGUUUACAUGACUUGUUAUGGUAUGAACAGCAAAGAAAUCUAUUGAUAUUGUUAUUUCUAUUUUUGCAAAUAUAUACAUUUUAUGUUUGUGAUGUCUGUUUUGCUGGCUUUUGUCAGUCACCAUUGAAGGCAUUUGUUUGUUUCAGGUGGUAAUCUGUAGAUACAGAUUUUAUGUUUUUAGAAAUCUUUGGAUAUAUUUACAGUUGUUUUGCUGCUGUUUCUCUCACAGAAAUUCCUACAUCACAUUUCCUCAGAGAUUAGUUGUGCAGAAUUAUCUCCCUUAGCUUAGCAAGGAAACACUGUUCAAACCUGAGAUUCAUCCUAAAUAUAGGUUCGUCAGCACCAUAACAGUACUUGUGCAUUUAAUCAAAAUUGUACAUAUUUAUGACAUUAACUAUUAUUGCUCAAAGAGGUUUGAACUCAACUCACUCAAUCAUUAACUCUUACAAGUUUGUGCUGUCUUGUCUUGCUGGAGGUGUUUGUUAUCUUCAUGCAUACCAUUGAUGGUAUGACUAAACAAUUAAAUCUAUUUCAGAAUA